AUGGCUACGUCCUGCAACAACUUCAUCCAACAACUCAUCCGUGCCGAAGAGUCUGAAUUCAAGGGCAUGAUUCAUCAUGCACCCAAUCAGACUCUCCCAUCCAUUACGUCCAUCCCCAACCAGUCCAGGGUCUAUGCUUCAUCUCUAGGCCAAUUGGAUCUUCUCCCUGCUGAGCUUCUGCUCUCCGUCCUCGACCUUCUUGAUUUCCAGUCUCUGUCUUGUCUUUCAAGGGUUUCUAUUCUUGGCAAAGAUGUCAUAGAGAGUCUGCCAGUUUAUAGCGAGAUGGUCCAGCACGCUCCUGAGACAUUGGCCGCUUUGGCUAAAACUCAUCUGCUGGGCUAUCAUCGUGCUACUAUGCUUCACUCGACCCUCCGGCAGAGCAAAUGUGUAUCGUGCUUUGCAUUUGGCGGGUUUCUCUUUGUGCCCACGUGUGAGAGGGUUUGCUUCGAAUGUCUGUACGAGAAUCAGUCUCUCCGGAUGACUUCUCCAGCCAUGGCAAAGCAGUGUUUUGGUCUCACAGAUGAUGACCUCGGGCGAGUCCCCAUUAUGCACAGUGUUCCUGGCACUUUUGGUCUGAGGUUUCAGUUUGCGCAUAAACAGGUGGAACAUCUUGUCAGUGUCAAGCAGGUAAAGAGGCUUGCUCUGGAAAUACACGGCUCAGAUGAGGAGCUAGCCAAGUUGAGGCCAACAUACCGCCCUGGCAAAGUAUCUAUGAAAGACGCUGCUAUUUUCAGACAUUUUCACGAAGCUUCGCUCGACUCUCCCGGCUGUGAUCUGUCAAGGCUGCCUAGAAAGGCCGAAGUAGUGGAAGAUGACUUUGGUGGCAUGGCCUCCAUUCGAUUCCCGUACCUUUCAGAUACUGGCGCUGAGAAUGGCGUCCUAUGUCAGGGAUGCGUCGUUACGUACAGCCAUUAUAUGCAGGGCAUACUCCCUCCGCAUACUCUCUCACAAAUUGUCCCAGCGGAUGUUGGGCCAUAUCGUCCACUUCUCGCGUUGCUGACCCGCCUAUGGUCUCAAGAAGGGUUCCUCGAGCAUGUACACGAAUGCUAUGGUGUACGGCGCAUUCUUGGACUGUGA